AUGGAUGUCUUCAGCUAUCUGUGGAGAAGCAAUGCAAGCGCGGAAAAGUCCCCCGAAGGUGCGGCAGUCUGCACAGAUCUCCUUUUGGGUGAAGCGCUAGCAGGCUGCGGAGCUUCACAGGAUAGUGUUCAGCAAGGUGGCGGCCACAGCAGGAGCAGUUCUGUCAACAAGGCUAUCCACAUUCCACCAGAGACGAAGCUCGAUCCCGCGCUUGCAACGACGAUGGACACGGCUUCAAUGGGCAAUGCAUCUGAUGCUCAUUCGUCUACUGAGAACGCCGAGGCACUGCAAACGUCUGCCGCAAGCCAGGAUCCAUCUCGACGAAGUCCUUCCGACGCGCGCGGUACGGAUGCAACGCCCUCUGUUCUGCCGAGUCCAGGUUCUGCAGAUCAGCAACGGGCUGCGCCCAUGUCUGGUGCAUCACAAAGUGAGCCAGUAGCUCCUGCAUCUGAACCCGAACACCCUGCAACCCACGAAAGAUCACCAGUUGAGGAAGCUCUGUGGAUGUGGAACGCUUUUCUUGCGAAACAUAGAACCAUGACGACCGUGCUGAGCGAAGUAACCCAGCUGAGACGUGCGUGUAUCAAAGUGCGCAGGCUGCAGCGAGAAUACCAAUCUGAACGACAGAUGGACAGCGUUCCAAAUUCACCUCGCAGUCGCGCCCAAUCCGGAUCUGAAUCUUCACCGCCUUCGAUGUCGUUGGAGGCCAUAGAAUCCAGACUAGAACAACUCGACGAGGAACUUCUCCGAGAAGCAGACACCAUGCUGCGGGCGGCCCCACGCGUACUUUCUAGAAUGCAGAAAAGAAUGCCCAUGAUGCUCGCCAAAUAUCAGCUCGAUUUUCGUGGGGAUACCAGCACGAGCGACGCGUCAUCCGUGGUUGAAUUCGAGGAAGAACUGGGACCGACCGCGUUGGAGCUUCUCAGUAAGCAAGCACAAAUCCACGACCUCGAGGAUCAAAUCUUGCUGUAUCGUCACCAGCGAAACCGCUAUGAAGAAGACGCUCGAGCCCGUGCUGGAGAGGGCCGGGCUCUCUACAAUGACGACCAGAGUGUCCUGGAAGAUCUCGAUCGAAAGAUUGAAGCUCAUAUUGGAAAGCUCAAGAUCUUGCAAGACGAAAUGGAGCAAUCUCGGGAUUUUCCUCCAGUUGCCGAUGCUUUACAGCCUCACGAGCCAUCUAGCCCUGCCUGGUCGUCCGCUUCAGUGCCCUCGCGGUUCUCAGGAUCAUUUUCUGGAGACAACCUAUCAAUCAUUGACCCAGCUACGAGGAACUACAACCACGACUAA